UAUUGUAUUAAAUUUCACCUAAACAUAAUAUUUUUAGACUAUAAGAUGCUGUUUUGGUCUUAAAAGGUUGUGCUCACCUAAGUAGCUCCCCCUAGUAAAUGAUCCCACACAAUGAAAGUCAGAAAAACUAGACUGAUCAUCGGAAUUUUGUUUUCGGUAUGGAUUGGUGGAAUGCUUUAUUUUUUUACAAAUAACUCACAGUCAAUUCAUGCAGUUUCAAAGGAGGAACGUGAUCGACAUGUUGCACUUGGAAAAUUAGCCAGAGAAAGAGAUCAUUUCUCGCACAAUGAAGUUGCUAUAGCCAGAGACCCAAAUAUUAGGAACUCUCUUGAAAAGACAGACCCAAGAUCUCUUGAUAAUUUUGAUUGGCAACGUUAUAUAAAAGCAGCAGGAUUAAAAGAUGGUGAAGAUAAAAAUCAACGAAAUGCUUAUAAUCAGGAAGCAAGUGAUGCCUUGGCAUGGAAUAGGGAUGUUCCUGAUGUUCGAGAUAAUAGUUGUAAAAAUAUCAAAUAUGACUACGACCUACCCACAACAACAAUCAUUAUAUGCUUUCAUAAUGAAGGACGAGCAGCUCUCCUACGGACUGUUGUUAGUGCUAUUAAUCGCUCUCCACCACGGUUAUUGAAAGAGAUUAUACUGGUGGAUGAUUUUAGUGAUAAUCCUGAUGAUGGGAAGGAAUUGUUAAAAAUACCAAAAGUUCAACUAAUACGCAAUUCAAAAAGAGAGGGCUUGAUACGUUCUCGUGUUAAAGGAGCUGAUAUAGCAACUGGUGAUGUUCUUACGUUUUUGGAUAGUCAUUGCGAAUCAAAUGAAAUGUGGCUUGAGCCAUUGCUUCAAAGUAUUAAAAAUAAUCGUAAAAUUGUUGUCUCUCCCAUUAUUGAUGUUAUUGGCCACGAAGACUUCAUAUACUUGAGUUCAUCAUCUGAAUUGAGAGGAGGUUUUGGUUGGAAUUUAAACUUCAAAUGGGACUUUUUACCUCCAAAGCCCCUAGAACAGCAUCGAAAAGACCCUUCUGCGCCAAUUAAGUCUCCUACGAUUGCAGGCGGACUUUUCUCAAUUGAUAAACGUUGGUUCGAAGAACUUGGUAAAUAUGAUAUGGAUAUGGAUGUAUGGGGUGGUGAAAAUUUAGAAAUCUCGUUCCGAACCUGGCAAUGCGGAGGAGAGAUGCACAUUUUACCGUGUUCUCGAGUAGGUCAUGUUUUCAGAGACAGACAUCCUUAUAAAUUUCCAGGAGGAAGCAUGAAUGUUUUUCAAAAGAACACUCGCCGCGCGGCCGAAGUUUGGAUGGAUGAAUAUAAAAAAUAUUAUUUUUCUUCAGUUCCUUCUGCUAGAUAUGCCGCAUUUGGGGACAUUCGAGAAAGAAUGGCACUGAGAAAGAAACUUGAAUGUAAACCUUUCAAAUGGUUCCUAGAGAAUGUUUACCCUGAGUUAAGAGUCCCUGCUGCAGACGAUUUAAAGUACGGACAGUUGAAGCAAGGUGGUGAAAACUGUUUAGAUACGCUUGGACAUCUUGAGGGUCAAGGAGCUGGAAUAUUUGCAUGUCAUGGCCAGGGCGGAAAUCAGGACUGGUCUUGGACUAAAUCUCAACAACUGAAACACGAAAGUUCGUGUUUAUCAGCCUCAGAUAAUCAUGUUGGAUCUGUCAUCAAAAUUCUUCCAUGCUCCAGUACUGACAAAAUGCAGAAAUGGAAGUAUGAUGAAGAUGCGCAAACACUUCAAAACGUUGGCAGUCAGUUGUGUCUCGAUAACUACAAAUCCGGUCAAGAUUUGACUCAACAAGAUUGUUUAGGACAUGAAACACAGAAGUGGACAUUUGAGAUGGAUAACACGUAGUCUUUAGUUAUCGCUAGAAAAUUUUAUCUGAACGGUUUAUAACGAUCGGGAAUCAGAGUUCAGGCGAAAGUCCACUUGCAACGCAUAACGACAUGCUCAACGCUGCGCAGCAAAACUCAGGGCCUGUAGAAAUUUCAAAAUGACUCACUUUUGAGACGAACAACACGAUUGAAGGGGCUUAGGUAGCUACUGCGCAAUAAUUGUCUAUUAAGCGUCUUGAGCCGACGUGCUAAAAGUUUUGGGUGUGCUUUUGCCUUUAUGAAAUGCGUGUGUCAUUCGCGAGCUUACGUGCGUCACUCGCGAUACAUCUGGGUAUUUAUUUAUUAGGAAAAUCGAAAUUCUUAAAUAUUCUGUUGUUAGUAAUAAUCCAGACAUAAAGUUUGCGCUGUGUUGCGAAUUUUAAACUGUCGGAAAUUAAAUGCUACCAAUAGAAUAUUUGUCGAAGGAGUAAGAAUAUUUGAAUUUAGUAAAAUGCUCAUUAAAAAUAUAUAUAUAACUAGCCAGCUAUUUGUGUAUCCCUAGUGUUUAUGUUCGAUUAAGUGCCUGGAAGGGAUUUUUUGUAUAAUUCUGUUUGAAAUCUUUAUUGGCCAGGGAGGCUUAUUCAAGAGAAGUCGCCUAAUCGAGCAUUCACAGUAACCGUAAAACGUGAAAUUAUUUUAAUGUUUUAUAUGAAUGUUGUUACAAGAUUUUUACACUGUGGUCACAAAACACAAGUUUUUUCGUCCGACGUACUUUUAGCCAAAGUAGCUAUCACACGUAGAAGCUUUUUUGAAAACGCAUACACCACAUUUUAUACCCGUUUAUAUAUGGACUAAGCUAUGGAGAAUUUGUGUCUUCGCUUGUAUUUUUUGUAACUGGAUAAUUGAUUACUUUGCUUCA